AUGAGCUUUGGCUGCCUGGUGCGAAGGACGCUGCUGUGCGGAGUGUUGACGGCGCGGGGCCUGACGCGGACCAUGUGUGCCCAAGAACUUGACUGGAAAUCUGCCAAAUCCAUCUAUGACUUCCACGCCAUAGAUAUUGAUGGCAAUGAUGUCUCGCUGGAGAGAUACAGGGGUCAUGUCUGCAUCAUCACCAACGUCGCCUCCAAAUGAGGCAAGACGGACGUAAACUACACUCAGUUUGUCGACCUGUACGGCAGAUACGCUGAGAAGGGUUUACGCAUCCUCGCCUUUCCUUGCAACCAGUUCGGCAAGCAGGAGCCAGGCAACAACGAGGAAAUCAAGGCCUUUGCUGCAGGCUACGGGGUGAAGUUCGACAUGUUCAGUAAAAUUGACGUGAACGGGGAUGACGCCCACCCUCUCUGGAAGUGGAUGAAAAGCCAGCCCAAGGGUAGAGGCACCCUGGGGAAUGCCAUUAAAUGGAACUUUAGCAAGUUUCUCAUCAACAAGGAAGGCCAGGUGGUCAAGCGGUACAGCCCGAUGGACGACCCUUUUGUGGUCGAGAAGGAUCUGCCCACCUACCUGUAGGCUGGCUCCCCCUCACCCUGGACUGCUCUGCG